CCACCCAGCCAACGUGUGGGCGGGUUUUUUUUCACUGACGUCAUUCAAUGACAGCUAGCUGUCAGAAAGUGAGUUCAUUCCCCGGACUCGAUAAGACGGUACGCCGUCUACAUCUCGUUGCCCCUUCGCUGGUAUUUAGCAACAAGAAACGGUGAGACAGAGGACAAGUCAUUCCACCGAGCCCGGCCAUGGACGAACAGGCGGGGCCCGGCGUGUUCUUCAACAACAAUAACAACUCGGUUCUACCCGGCACUGGUAAAGGACCGCUGCCUGAUGGUGACGCCGGGGAGGCGGCUAGGGCACAGUACAGUAUCCCGGGGAUCUUACACUUCCUGCAGCACGAAUGGGCCCGUUUCGAAGUAGAGAGGGCACAAUGGGACGUGGAACGUGCCGAAUUGCAGGCUCAAAUUGCCUUCCUACAAGGAGAGAGAAAAGGCCAGGAGAAUCUGAAGAAAGACCUUGUGAGGAGGAUCAAGAUGUUGGAAUAUGCGCUCAAGCAAGAGAGAGCAAAGUACCAUAAGUUGAAAUAUGGGACAGAGUUAAAUCAAGGUGACCUGAAACCUCCAAGCUAUGAUUCUGACGAGACAAAUGAGAACGACACUUCUGGAUCGCUGAACAAUCAGCUGUCCUGGAAACAAGGCCGACAGCUCCUCAGACAGUACCUGCAGGAGGUGGGCUACACAGACACUAUUUUAGAUGUGAAGUCACAGCGUGUUCGAGCUCUGCUAGGACUUGCCGGUGACGGAAGUGGGAAGACAGUUGAGCGUAUAAGUACGGAGCCUUUGGUCAAUGGGACAGACACAUCAGCAAAGGGCAUGGGGACUAGAGUGAAAGCUGAGGUUUCGGAUACCAGCGCUGUAAUGGAGGCCUUCAAGUUCAUCGAGAAUGCAGCAGCGGAAUUCAGUGAUGAAGAUGAGGAAGAGGAUAGUGACGGGAAGGACAGGACUAACGUGGAGUCCAGAACGAUAAUUCGCAAGAAACCAUCAUCGUCAACGCCGCCAGCCAGUAUGGACACUAGCGAGGACCCAGACACAGAAGAUGCCCUUAAGGGCUUUGACUUCUUAUCAAGUCCUGAUGAGAUGGACAUCUCACCAGAGUGCAGAGGCACAGGGGAUGGCACUGACUGGGAUAAGGACGAGCACGGUCCCAUUUCUGAGGCCUGGGACGUGGACCCGAGCUUGAUAACCAAACUCAAGGAGCAGUACAGAAAGGAGCGCAAGGGGAAAAAGGGGGUAAAGAGACCCAAUCGGUCCAAGCUGCAGGACAUGCUGGCCAAUCUGAGGGACGCAGAGGAUGUGUCCCACAUGCAGCUUCCAUCCCCCAACCAGUCCCGAUCCAACGUGGUGCGCUUCAACGAGCAUGACGGCAACCGAACAGAUGAAGUGGAGGCGCUAACCUUCCCGCCCACUUCAGGGAAGUCGUUCAUUAUGGGCUCAGACGAGGCCAUGGAGAGUGAGCUGGGCCUGGGAGAGCUGGCCGGGCUCACUGUAGCCAAUGAGGCCGACAGCCUGGCGUACGAUAUUGGCAACAAUAAGGAUGCCAUGCGAAAAACCUGGAAUCCUAAAUUUACACUCCGAAGCCAUUUUGACGGGAUUCGGGCCCUGACCUUCCACCCCGUGGAGCCCGUCCUGGUCACGGCUUCAGAGGAUCACACUCUCAAGAUGUGGAAUCUCCAAAAGACAACUCCAGCCAAGAACAGGAGUACGUCUCUAGAUGUGGAGCCCAUCUACACGUUCAGGGCUCACAGGGGGGCUGUGUUGAGUGUGGUAAUGAGCAGCACGGGGGAGCAAUGUUUUAGCGGAGGGGUUGACGGCACCAUCCAAUGUUGGAACAUGCCCAAUCCUAACAUCGACCCCUAUGAUUCCUACGACUCAUCAGUGUUGCGUGGAGAGCUGUGUGGACACACCGACUCGGUUUGGGGACUUGUGUACAGCACCGCACACCAGCGCCUCCUGUCCUGCUCGGCUGACGGAACUGUGAGACUGUGGGACGCCAACAGCACAUCCCCCGCCCUCUGCGUAUUCAACGAAAAUAAAAAGCUCGGGAUUCCCUCCUCGGUGGACCUGGUGUGCAGUGAACCAGCUCACUUGGUGACUUCCUUCACGAGUGGGGAGAUUGGCCUCUUCAACAUGGAGACGAGUCAACUUGUCCUCAGCCUGGAGUCCUCUGCGGAGCAAGGCCCUCCCAUUCACAUCAACAAGAUCCUCAGCCACCCCACGCUGCCCAUCACCAUCACGGCACAGGAGGACAGACACAUCAAGUUCUUUGACAACAACACUGGAAAAUUGAUACACUCAAUGGUGGCCCACCUGGAUGCCGUCACCAGCUUAGCUGUGGACCCCAAUGGAUUGUAUCUCAUGUCGGGCAGUCACGACUGCUCCAUCCGUCUGUGGAACCUGGAGAGUAAAACCUGCAUCCAGGAGUUCACGGCUCACCGGAAGAAGUCCGAGGAGUCCAUUCAUGAUGUGGCUUUUCAUCCAUCGAAAUGCUACAUCGCCAGCGCAGGGGCAGACGCUCUCGCCAAGGUGUUCGUAUGACGCAGUGCGGACUCUUUCCCCGUAGCCCCCUCCCUCGACUCCGCCUCCGCUGAUCAGGGACCAAUUGAGGUACCGGAGGUGAUAUAGACCUUCAGGCACGGGUCCAAUCCCACCCCACACCGCCCACUGGUUUCCUGUCGGACUGACAGACACUUUAGCUGUAAGCAGGCUGGGGAUUGCCACGUGAAGGUCGGGCUGGGAGAAUUGUCCUCUUGGCCCAAACCCUGUCAUCUAGCAUCCAGGCAGGCCUGGAUGUGACUGCUCACAGCGCCCUACUGCAACUCAGACUUCACCUCCGCAGUCAGGAGGCUCAGGGCAAGUGUGGAGAAAGUGUGAGGAGUGAAGAAACACGGUUCCAAGCCGCUUUUUUUGCCCCCCGACGUCAGCCCGCAUCCCUCAGGCCUUUUCCUCCUCCUUACAAGACCAGAUUUUGUGUUGUCAGCUCAGAUUUACUUCUCCUUUGCUUCCCGGACUGACUGCGCUUGCUGGCCUUCCUUGGUUUUUCCUUUUUAAAACACUUGUUGACGAAUGUGCCUUUGCUUUAAAAGGCCUUGGAAAUGUUAUUUUAACAAGCCUGUUUUUGGGGGAGUGGGGAGGGAGGGACCAGCAAAAAACAAAAACAAAACAAAAAAAAGCAGAUCUGUUUGCCACAGUGUUGCUGAUUUUAACAUUGGAUGUAAUAUGACAAAAGCUUAUAAUAAACAAAAUAUAUAUUAUUCAGUCUUAAAAUUAACUGUGCAGUGUGAGUUUGAGUGCUCUUUUUUGAUAAAUGUAUUUGGGGAAUCAGUUUUGUGCUUUUCCAGGUAAAGCUGGAAGUGCGACGCAGAGCAGAUACACUAUACAGUAUGAUCUGUUUGUUAGAAUAUUGUACACUUGACGAGUAAGAUUAGCAUACAAACGUUUGUGUCUAAACUACACCAUUUGGUUCCUCUAUUACAAUUCAAAGAUGGUUAUUGAUGUCCAUUUUAGGAAUAACUAAUUGAUUUUAGCCAGUUUGCUCUUGUUCCAAUUGAAUGGCUUGUACUGUUUGUAGUCCCCUCCCCCCACCGGACAUGCUUGAUUACGUGAUGUGUCGGUCCACAUAUUGACAGUAGUCCAGUGUUUAGCAGGAGCUUAGUGCAGUACUCUAGGUCUCUCUCUGAAAUAACAUGUUCACCAUCUAACACAGAGUGAGGUGACAUUUCCUGGAAUUUCUAAUCCUACUGUAAACUGUGAGGAGACGAUCCUAAAGUUGGAAUCAAAUGAAAUGAGUGCAGCGUCCGACGAGCCAUUUUCUCAGUCACUGGUUUGUAAAUCGAAGCAAUGUUCAGAAUAAAAACCUGCUGUAAACUGUUAA